GAAAGAGUAAGAAGAAGAUUAUGAUUUAAUGGUCAUAAUGGAGAAGUGAGUGAUCAAAGCACCUUACUUUAGGAGGACUUCUUACAUAUACAUAUAUAUAAUUAAAUAUAUUGGUUCACGUGAUCACAGGACAAACAUAAAGUGAAGAGAAAAGAAGAAACAAACAAAAAACGAAAGAAAAGAAAAGACCAAGAAGACAAGUGAAGUGAACCACCCACACCCACACCCACUCUUUAAUUAACCUUUUUUCUAUUUUUAAUGUUACCAAACUCCUUCUUCUUAUUGUUCAAUGAAACAUAACAGAAGAAGAGGAAGAAGCAGAAAGUAAUUGAUGGUGAAAAUGAAUGUGAUGGUGGUUUUGCUGGUAAUGGGAUUGGUCAUCCAACCUUGUCAUUCUCUUGAAAAGGAAAAGGAAAAGGAAAAGGAAAAGGAAAUGAUGAUUAAGUUAUGGCCAAUGCCUAAGGAUGUGAAGUUCAACUCCACAUCCACUACAACUCUGUUGGUUGCCUCUCAUUUCCACCUCAUUACCCAAUAUAAAGACUCCUCCUCCAUUCUCAAGGAUGCUUUCCACAACCUCAUCAAUCUCAUCAAUCUCCCAUCUUCUUCUCUUUCUACUCUUAAUUCCCAAUAUUACCUUCUUCAUGGCUUAAACGUCGUCCUCUCAUCCACCCAUGACAACCUUCAAUACGGAGUCGACGAGUCUUACAACCUAUCCAUUCCUCAUCCACACUCCACUUCCAUUUCCAACAAACCUCUUUAUGCAUAUCUUAAGGCAAACACCAUCUACGGUGCUUUACACGGACUACAGACCUUCAGCCAACUAUGCCGUUUUAAUUAUAUAACCAAAACAGUGGAAGUCAACAGAGUUCCCUGGACCAUUAUUGAUGAACCCAGAUUCUCUUAUAGAGGCCUCUUGAUUGAUACAUCUCGACAUUAUCUGCCUCUGCCGGUGAUAAAGAGUGUCAUUGAUUCCAUGGCCUAUGCAAAGCUGAAUGUGUUGCAUUGGCACAUUGUGGACACACAGUCUUUUCCUUUGGAGAUACCUUCGUAUCCCAAACUGUGGAAUGGUGCUUAUUCUAAUGCAGAAAGAUAUAGCAUAGCAGAUGCCACACAAAUUGUCAGCUAUGCUCAAAGACAAGGCAUUCACGUAAUGGCUGAAAUUGAUGUUCCAGGACAUGCUAAGUCAUGGGGAAAUGGGUACCCAUCUCUAUGGCCAUCUAAGGACUGUCAGGAGCCCCUUGAUGUUAGCAAUGACUUCACCUUCAAGCUAAUUGAUGGAAUUCUUUCAGACUUCAAGAAGGUCUUUAAAUUUAAAUUUGUACACUUGGGAGGUGAUGAAGUUAACACAAGUUGCUGGACAACCACUCCUCAUAUAAGAAAAUGGUUAAGAAGGCAUGGUAUGAAUGGAUAUGGAGCUUAUCAGUACUUUGUAUUGAGAGCACAAAGUAUAGCACUAUCUCAUGGAUACGAAAUUGUUAACUGGGAAGAGACAUUUAAUAACUUUGGCAAAAAAUUGAGCCCAAAGACUGUGGUACACAACUGGCUUGGAGGUGGUGUUGCAGAGAAGGCAGUUGCAGCUGGGCUAAGGUGCAUUGUGAGCAACCAGGACAAGUGGUACUUGGAUCAUUUGGAUGCUCUAUGGCAAGAUUUCUAUUCAAACGAACCGCUCGCAAAUAUCAGAGACCCCAACCAACAAAAACUAGUUAUGGGUGGUGAGGUAUGUAUGUGGGGAGAACACAUUGAUGCCUCGGAUAUUCAACAAACCAUAUGGCCCAGAGCUGCUGCUGCUGCAGAGCGGUUAUGGACGCCUUAUGAUAAGCUGGCAAAGGAUCCGAGGGAGGUUACUGGAAGGCUUGCACACUUCAGAUGUUUGCUGAAUGAAAGAGGGAUUGCAGCUGCUCCAUUAGCUGGACCAGGUAGGGUUGCUCCUGAGGAACCUGGUUCUUGCUACCACCAGUAAAAUCAUCUUUAUAUUUAUAACAUUCACAUUCAUUUGAUGUCAUGUUACUAAUGUGAGUAUAAAUAUUUUCCCAUUAGAUGAGUUUUGCUUUGUGGCUGGGACACAACAUUAUAAAAACCAUCUCUUUUUACUUGUGCAUAGCAAUUAGGAACAGAGAAAGCAUCUCUUUUAUAAUAUAACAGUGAAUAAAUUGAAAGGCCUCUGUUUGCACCAGAUA